AUGAGCGGUCGGCUGACGAUCUCUGACCUGGGCCGCAAGGCGCGCGACGGGCUGCUGUCCAUCGAUGAGAUGGCGGGCGGCACCUUCACCAUCAGCAACGGCGGCGUGUACGGCAGCCUGUUUGGCACGCCCAUCAUCAACCCCCCGCAGAGCGCCAUCCUCGGGAUGCACUCCAUCGUGCAGCGCCCCAUGGUGGUGGGCAAGUCCAUCGAGGCGCGGCCGAUGAUGUACGUCGCCCUCACCUACGACCACCGCCUCAUCGACGGCCGUGAGGCCGUGACAUUCCUGAAGCGCAUCAAGGAGGUGGUGGAGGACCCCCGCAGGCUGCUGCUGGCUGUGUGA